GGGCACCUUAGACUAAGUCAGCCUCCCACCACCUGAAAUGCUCAUUGCACCCUUUACUUUUCCUUCAUAGCAUGUCUAUUUGUAAUCAUAUACAAGAUUAGAUUGUCCAUCUCUCUGCCAUUAGACUGCAAAUUCCAUGAACGAGGGACAAUGUCUCUUCAGCACUAGUGUAGCAGUGUUAUCGGAAAGGGGUCCUGAUCCAGACACCAAGAAAGGGUUCUUGGAUCUCGAGCAAGGAAGAAUUCAGGACAAGACCAUAGAGUAAAGUGAAAGCAAGUUUAUUAAGAAGGUAGAGGAAUAAAAGAAUGGCUACUCCAUAGGCAGAGCAGCCCGAGGGCUACUCGUUGCCCAUUUUUAUGGUUAUUUCUUGAUGAUAUGCUAAACAAGGGAUGGAUUAUUCAUGCCUCCCCUUUUUAGACCAGAGAGGGUACCUUCCUGACAUUCCCAUGGCAUUUGUAAACUGUCAUGGCGCUGGUGGGAAUUUAGCAGUGAGGACGACCAGAGGUCACUUUCAUCACCAUCUUGGUUUUGGUGGGUUUUAGUCGGCUUCUUUACUGCUACCUGUUUCAUCAGUAAGGUCUUUAUGAUAUGCAUCUUGUAUCUUGUAUUUUUAUGACCUCCUAUCUCAUCCUGUGACUUAGAAUGCAUAACCAUCUGGGAAUGCAGCACAGCAGGCCUCAGCCUUAUUUUACUCAGCCCCUUUUCAAGAUGGAGUUGCUCUGGUUCAAUCGCCUCUGACAGCAGCAUCCUGAACAAAGUGGGCAACUAAUUACACAAUUUCUGGCCUCAAAUAGUUUAUAAUCUAACCUUGAAAAAAAUAGAAAAGAAACAAUUUUACAAUUUGGGGCUUCGAUACAGAUGAAAUAGGUUAUUUUUUUGUGCAAGAAAGUCUUCCUGGAAGUCUUGAAACCUGAAUACAUAAGGAUUAGUUAUUCUAACCAGCUUGAAAAAUUGGCCUAGGCCAAGGCUGUAACCAAGUAUUCUGGUUGUCUAGGAACUGCUCUGACCAUAUUUCCGGCAUAAUUGUUUCUUGCAGAAAAACUACUUCAGUUUUUUUAAAGCUUCUUUUGCCUUCUGUAGGCUUACAUAAAAAAAAAAGUAUUAAGAUCCUUUUGUGGUUCAUAAGCCUGAUGAUUGGGUUUUCAUGCUAUUGUGUGAGUUACCACCCCUACCUCAAACCUUGUUAGGACUCCGCACAUUACCCCUCUGUGUGAAAAAAACAAAGUAAUAAAGGUAAUUCUUUUUUUUUUUUUUUUUUUUUUGCAUAAGCCCUAUCCUUGUAUACAUGAGGUUUCAAAGUGUUUCCAUCAUUAUUUUUACCUUAUAGUAUAUUCACGAGUUUUUUUUUUUUUUUUUAAUACUUUAAGUUCUGGAAUAGUUUUCACGAGUUUUAAGAGACUCUUCUUGGCAAACAGUUCAACUCAAGAGAAAAUACUUUUACCAGCAAGGAGGUAUACCUUGUUAUAUCGGUCUGGGGAUAUGACUUGACAGUUCACCUUGCCAGGAAGAUCUCUGUGAUUUUUUGUUUGUUUGUUUGUUUUGAGACAAGAGUCUCGCUCUGUCCCCGAAGCCAGAGUGCAGUGGCUCACUGCAAGCUCCGCCUCCCGGGUUCAAGCGAUUCUCGUGCCUCAGCCUCCCGAGUAGCUGGGAUUACAGGCGCCUGCCACCACGCCCAGCUAAUUUUUGUAUUUUAGUAGAGACGGGGUUUCCCCAUGUUGGCCAGGCUGGUCUAAAACUCCUGACCUCAGGUGAUCCACCCGCCUCCCAAAGUGCUGGGAUUACAAGCGUGAGCCACCGCGCCCACGGUGGGCGGUGAGAGGAGAGGGGCAAAGUCUAAUUGUUCCAGAGCGACCACAGAAAUAUCUGGAGCUAGUUUCAAGGGCUAUUCCCCGCUAAAGAUUACUUAAUAACACAGUUGGAUGACCACGUUUCAAGAUUUUUGUUCGAUCUGCACAUCCUCCAACAUGUUCCAAGAGGGUGUUUAAAAAGUCACCAAGGACCAUUAGGAUAACCAUUAGGGUAAAGCUGCCAGGACAUCCCUAAAUUGUUUGAAACUACGAUGUCUGCUGAGGAAAGCAGAACAUAAUCAGGCUUUGGAGUUAAGAAAGCUAACCAGUUCCGAAUUUAAUGUCUGAGCCAAAUGAGAAUGUUAAGAUUUAUCUCACAAGUUGUAGAGAAAAUUAAAAACGAUUAAACAUCCGGGCCUUGAAUAAGUGCCCGUCGACUUGGGGAUUAAAUAUGGUAGAGUCCACUUUCCUCACCAGCUGAUGAUAAUAUCUGUUACGUACAGUCCUCCUUUCUCUUCCUUAAUCGGUUGGUUAGUAUUUGCCAACUCUUUCCUGCUUUUCAUCUUCUCUUCCCCCCAUUUAAAUCUUUCCACCAAGCACUCAGAAACACGUCCUACCAGAACGCAACCCGAGCCUGCGCUAGAGGUACGUACAGGUCUUGACCUUUUCCCAGUUCUCCGCCCUUUUCUCCGGUUCUCCGCCCUUUUUUCCGGUUCUCCGCCCUUUUUUCCGGUUCUCCGCCCCUUUUCCGCCACUGCCUGAUGCCUCCCUCCCGGCUGCGCCAGUCCGCGGCCCCCCCACCACACGCCGGCCGUCACGUGACCGCGCAGCGUGCUCCGCCCCCUGUCCCCGGCUCACGUGAUCGCGCCUAGGGAGAAAACGUCUGACCCCAGCCACCGGCCUUCAAGGCACGGCUUUUUAUUCCUUCGGCUGGUCGGCCUCUCGCCCUUCAUACCUGUGCGUCCCUCCGUCCGGUCCCGUCCCGGGGUCACCCCGGAGCCUGUCCGCUAUGCGGCUCCUGCCUCUAGCCCCAGGUCGGCUCCGGCGGGGCAGCCCCCGCCACCUGCCCUCCUGCAGCCCAGCGCUGCUACUGCUGGUGCUGGGCGGCUGCCUGGGGGUCUUCGGGGUGGCGGCGGGAACCCGGAGGCCCAACGUGGUGCUGCUCCUCACGGACGACCAGGACGAAGUGCUCGGCGGCAUGGCUUUUUCAGAAUAUUCUACCACUAAUUGUCAAACAGGACUCCAAGGGGAAGAGCUAAGACAAGAGCAUUUGAGAACUUACUUGGAGCCGAGCAGAACACCACUAAAGAAAACCAAAGCUCUCAUCGGAGAGAUGGGGAUGACUUUUUCCAGUGCUUAUGUGCCAAGUGCUCUCUGCUGCCCCAGCAGAGCCAGUAUCCUGACAGGAAAGUACCCACAUAAUCAUCAUGUUGUGAACAACACUCUGGAGGGGAACUGCAGUAGUAAGUCCUGGCAGAAGAUCCAAGAACCAAAUACUUUCCCAGCAAUUCUCAGAUCAAUGUGUGGUUAUCAGACCUUUUUUGCAGGGAAAUAUUUAAAUGAGUACGGAGCCCCAGAUGCAGGUGGACUAGAACACGUUCCUCUGGGUUGGAGUUACUGGUAUGCCUUGGAAAAGAAUUCUAAGUAUUAUAAUUACACCCUGUCUAUCAAUGGGAAGGCACGGAAGCAUGGUGAAAACUAUAGUGUGGACUACCUGACAGAUGUUUUGGCUAAUGUCUCCUUGGACUUUCUGGACUACAAGUCCAACUUUGAGCCCUUCUUCAUGAUGAUCGCCACUCCAGCGCCUCAUUCGCCUUGGACAGCUGCACCUCAGUACCAGAAGGCUUUCCAGAAUGUCUUUGCACCAAGAAACAAGAACUUCAACAUCCAUGGAACGAACAAGCACUGGUUAAUUAGGCAAGCCAAGACUCCAAUGACUAAUUCUUCAAUACAGUUUUUAGAUAAUGCAUUUAGGAAAAGGUGGCAAACUCUCCUCUCAGUUGAUGACCUUGUGGAGAAACUGGUCAAGAGACUGGAGUUCACUGGGGAGCUCAACAACACUUACAUCUUCUAUACCUCAGACAAUGGCUAUCACACAGGACAGUUUUCCUUGCCAAUAGACAAGAGACAGCUGUAUGAGUUUGAUAUCAAAGUUCCACUGUUGGUUCGAGGACCUGGGAUCAAACCAAAUCAGACAAGCAAGAUGCUGGUUGCCAACAUUGACUUGGGUCCUACUAUUUUGGACAUUGCUGGCUACGACCUAAAUAAGACACAGAUGGAUGGGAUGUCCUUAUUGCCCAUUUUGAGAGGUGCCAGUAACUUGACCUGGCGAUCAGAUGUCCUGGUGGAAUACCAAGGAGAAGGCCGUAACGUCACUGACCCAACAUGCCCUUCCCUGAGUCCUGGCGUAUCUCAAUGCUUCCCAGACUGUGUAUGUGAAGAUGCUUAUAACAAUACCUAUGCCUGUGUGAGGACAAUGUCAGCAUUGUGGAAUUUGCAGUAUUGCGAGUUUGAUGACCAGGAGGUGUUUGUAGAAGUCUAUAAUCUGACUGCAGACCCAGACCAGAUCACUAACAUUGCUAAAACCAUAGACCCAGAGCUUUUAGGAAAGAUGAACUAUCGGUUAAUGAUGUUACAGUCUUGUUCUGGGCCAACCUGUCGCACUCCAGGGGUUUUUGACCCCGGAUACAGGUUUGACCCCCGUCUCAUGUUCAGCAAUCGCGGCAGUGUCAGAACUCGAAGAUUUUCCAAACAUCUGUAGCGACCUCACACAGCCUCUGCAGAUGGAUCCCUGCACGCCUCUUUCUGAUGAAGUGAUUGUAGUAGGUGUCUGUAGCUAGUCUUCAAGACCACACCUGGAAGAGUUUCUGGGCUGGCUUUAAGUCCUGUUUGAAAAAGCAACCCAGUCAGCUGACUUCCUUGUGCAAUGUGUUAAACUGUGAACUCUGCCCGUGUGUCAGGAGUGGCUGUCUCUGGUCUCUUCCUUUAGCUGACAAGGACACUCCUGAGGUCUUUGUUCUCACUGUAUUCUUUUUAUCCUGGGGCCACAGUUCUUGAUUAUUCCUCUUGUGGUUAAAGACUGAAUUUGUAAACCCAUUCAGAUAAAUGGCAGUACUUUAGGACACACACAAACACGCAGAUACACCUUUUGAUAUGUAAGCUUGACCUAAAAUCAAAGGACCUGUGUAGCAUUUCAGAUUGAGCACUUCACUAUCAAAAAUACUAACAUCACAUGGCUUGAAGAGUAACCAUCAGAGCUGAAUCAUCCGAGUAAGAACAAGUACCAUUGUUCAUUGAUAAGUAGAGAUACAUUUUUUUAUGAUGUUCAUCACAGUGUGGUAAGGUUGCAAAUUCAAAACAUGUCACCCAAGCUCUGUUCAUGUUUUUGUGAAUUCUAGGCUGGUGCUGCACUGAAGUAGACCAGUAAGCUUGUAUAAAGGCCAAUUCCAGGUAGCUCUUGAAGGUGAUAGCCAUCUACUUUCCAGUGGCUGCCAACCACAGGGAGUGCCAGUUAACACUGGAAGGAUUAAGGCAAGGUCCCUUCUCUUGAGACUCCCCUCUGAGAUCUGAAAAAUGAAGUGGCUUAGGAACAUCAGCAGUGAAGAACUGCCAAGAGUUGGUGAAGGUUGUCUUUCUUCCGAGGGCCUUCUGAAGACAGGGCUCUUGAACAGACAAGUGGAAGGGCUGUACCAGGGAUAAAGGAAGGAAGUGCCUGUCCAGCAGGGAGCUUGAAUUUAAGUUCCAUGUAUGAAGCCGUUGGCUCUAUCUGCAUUUUUCUGUCAUUCUCUUCAUUUGUUUUAAGGUGGAAAAUUUUCUUACAGUUGAUGCAAAGUAUCAACUACUUUACCCUACCUUCUCCCCUUUUAGAUGGGUUCUUCCUGAGUUUUGGAGUCUUGUACGAUUAUCAGUAUUCCCCUGUCAAAAUCAAAUCUAUUCAGGUUUCUUCACUGUUGAGAACACCUAAAUGUUUUUAUUUUUGAGAAGUGGGAACAGAGUCUCACUAUGUCACCCAGGCUGGAGUGCAAUGGCGUGAUCUCAGCUCACUGCAACCUUCGCCUCCUGGGUUCAAGCGAUUCUCCUGCCUCCGCCUCCUGAGUAGCUGGGAUUAUAGGCACGCACCACCACGCCCGGCUAAUUUUUUGUAUUUUUAGUAGAGACAGAGUUUCACCAUGUUGGCCAGGCUGGUCUUGAACUCCUGACCUUGUGAUCCACCCACCUCGGCCUCCCAGAGUGCUGGGAUUACAGGCAUGAGCCACCACGCUUGGCUAAGAACACCAAAAUUUUUAUGUUUCUUGGCUCAAAAACCAGUUCCAUUUCUAAUGUUGUCCUCACAAGAAGGCUAAUUGGUGGUGAGACAGCAGGGGAGGAGGAAGAGCUGUGGUUUGUAACUUGUUCAACUCAGGCAAUAAGCGAUUUUAGCUUUAUUUAAAGUCUUCUGUCCAGCUUUAAGCACUUUGUAAGACAUGGCUGAAAGUAGCUUUUCUAUCAGAAUUGCAGAUAGUCAUGUUGGGCUAACAGUCAAUUGGAUAUAUUCCUUUACCUCACAUGAUCCCAGCAACUGUGGUGGUAUCUAGAGGUGAAACAGGCAAGUGAAAUGGACACCUCUGCUGUGAAUGUUUUAGAGAAGGAAAUUCAAAAAAUGUUGUAACUGAAAGCAUUGUUGAAUAUGGGUAUCGGCUUUCUUUUUCACUUUGACUCUUAACAUUAUCAGUCAACUUCCACAUUAAUGAAAGUUGACCAUAGUUAUUUCCAAAUAAAAAGAAACCAACUCUUACCAGGUCUUGGACUGUGAUGUCAUAUUAUUCAGUUUUAUGCUUGUUCCUGAGCAGAACUCAUAAGAGUGACAUAGUCAGCUGCCGACGGCACCUCAGCCACGCCACUCUUACUCAGUUCAGUGGGUGUGCUUGUGUGGUGGGGUGUGGUGCAGCCCUCUCUACGCUCUUCUAUUUUUGGUAUAUUUCCUAUCUAACCUUCAAAUAGCUUCCAAUUCUUUUUUUCUUGGACUGGCUUCAUUCUGAAUUUGUGCUAAAAUAAUCUUUCAUAAAGAGACCUCAGUUUAUAGCGUAACAGACUACACAAUGCACUGAUGUUUUCAUAAUGUUUAAGGGACCCACUGCAAGAAGCUUGCUGCCUCCUUUUAAUUGUAUUCAUUUAGAUUUUGAUUUUCCAUGUUAAGAAGGUGAGGUCCAUGUUGGUGCCCUUCAGAGUAGAGAACCAUGUAAACUUUAGGAAUGAACAGAGGCCUUAGGAAUGAAUAGAGAGUUUGCCUUAUACAAUUUCCUGUUACAAAGCUCUCCCUCUCAUGCAAAGUAGGGAACACCUUUUGAGCAUCUUUGAAUUUGACAAAUGGUGCUGUUGCAAACACUUUCUUUUUUUGAGAUGAAGUCUCGCGGUUGUCACCCGGCUGGAGUACAGUGGCGUGAUCUCAGCUCACUGCAACUUCCACCUCCUGGGUUCCAGCAGUUCUCCUGCCUCAGCCUCCCAAGUAGCUGAGAUUACAGGCGCCUGCCACCCCGCCUGGCUGAUUUUUGUAAUUUUAGUAGAGACGGGGUUUCACCAUGUUGGCCAGGCUGAUUAACUCCUGACCUCAGGUGAUCCACCUUUCUCGGCCUCCCAAAGUGCUGGGAUUACAGGUGUGAGCCACCGUGCCCAGCCUGCAAACACAUUUUAGUUGACAACACUAGGGCUGUUGUACAAAAUAGUAAUGAUAGCCAUGGAAGUUUUACCUUAUUCUGUGAGAAGUGUUCUUAAACUUAUUAAGUGUCUAAACUAAGGUUUAGUGCUUUUUUAAAGGAAAGUUGUCCCAGGAUUCAUCCUAAAGAAAGCAAAAGUUAAUUCAACUGAUCCACCAAUGGAAUUAGAUGGGUAGAGCUGGGUUCUUGAGUUUUACCACCAGUUAGUUCCCACUGAAUUUUGUAACUUCCUGUGUUUGCAUCCUCUGUUCCUAUUCUGCCCUUGCUCUGUGUCAUCUCAGUCAUUUGACUUAGAAAGUGCCCUUCAAAAGGACCCUGUUCACUGCUGCACUUUUCAAUGAAUUAAAAUUUAUUUCUGUUCUA